AUGUUGCCCAGUCAAGUUGACUUUGUGUGCGACUACUGCAGUCGCUCAUUCACGCGUAAAUACAAUCUGCAGUCGCACAUCGAGAACUACCACAUGAACUUGUCGUGUUACUGCGAUAUAUGCGACCAGAGAUUUGGUUCCCCGGCCGGCCUGCAGCUACAUCUCUCGAGGGGCCACAACAGACACGGGCAGCCGUUCCCCGAAUGCGACCUCUGCGGACGGGUGUUCACCAGGAAACAGAACAUAAUGUCGCACAUGAUCACCGUCCACCUCCAGGGCAGCCGGCCCGCGAUUCGCUGCCAGAUGUGCGACAAGACAUUCACCACGGAGAGGAACCUGAAGCGGCACAGGAACCAGCUGCACAACCCCCACAUGAAGUACCCCACCUGUGACGACUGCAACAAGGUAUUUAAAGGGAAACACUCGCUGAUAGCCCACAUAAGUUCUACCCACACGGCGACCGAAAGGGACUCUAUCAAAUGCAACCUAUGCGACAAGGUGUACACGAACAAUCGCAACCUGAAGCGGCACGUGGAAAUGUUCCACGGGGAGCGCGGCGAGUACAAGUGCGCGAUUUGCCCGAAGGUGUACACCUCCAAUCAGAGCCUGCGCCGCCACACCCGUACUAGGCACAACCCGGAGAAGACUGCCCAGUUCAAAUGCAAGCACUGCCUCAGGGUUAUAUACGGGCGGGACAACUUCGAGGGUCAUGUCGAGCAGCACAGACAGGACGGGUGUGCGAGUGACUACGAAGUGUUCAACGACGACUUGAAACUUAAGGAGUACUCCUGCGACAACUGUGGUAUGACCUUCGAGGAGGAGCCCCUGUUGCGGCACCAUAUAAAGACCGAGCACUCCUUCGGGGAGUUUUACAGCUACUGCAAGCGCUCCCUUCUCAAACUCAUGAAGGGAACACCGAGGAGUCGGCACCGCUUCUACAACUGCGAAUUCUGCAGCAACGCCUUCGCCAGCGUCUACGAGUUGAAGGACCACAUGCGAGUGAGCCACGACAAGGAGUACUCCCUGUCCACCUGCAACGUGUGCUUCAACAAGUUCUACAGUAGAGAAACUGUGCAUGAGCACAGGAAAAUAUGCCACCCGCCGGCGGACGUGAACGCGUGCUGUCACUGCGACAAACUCUUCACUGACAUCACCAGCCUAGAGUUCCACACGAGGAUCUUCCACCCGCAAGCGCAGGUCGACUCGACAAUCUCGUCCAGCUGCUUGGACGACACCUCGAUGGACUUGGGAUGUUACAAGUGCUCCCAUUGCGACCGCGUCUACUACAGCGAUAGGUCACUGAAGCACCACGUCAAACUCAAGCAUACGACCGACGAGCCCGUAGAGUGCGAGCUGUGCGGGAAAAUGUGCAGCAACAAGUACUACCUCGCGUCGCACAUAAAAAUAGUCCACAGCACCGACAACUGGUCGAAGUGCGACUAUUGCGAGAAGAAGUUCAAAUCGAAGAGGAACAUACGACGGCACAUCGAGUACACACACCUGGGCAUGCAGAGGUACAAGUGCAUCGAGUGCGAGACCUUGUUUAAAGAGAAGAGGAGCCUCAGGAAGCACGUAAGGGUGAAACACCCAGAUUCCACUUGCUUCCCGCAGUGCCACAUUUGCCAUAAGCGCUUCGAGUCCGCCAAGUCGUGCAAAAUCCACCUGAAACUCCUCCACUCUUUCAACAUGAAUACGCACCCGUGUGAUCUUUGCUCCGUCUCUUUCGGCACCAUUGAGGCGCUGAACAUACACCUGCAGACAAAGCACCUCGCCGAGGACAUGAUAUACAAAUGCGAGCCAUGCAACCUACUCUUCAAUGGGCACGAGAAGUUCGAGCAGCACAACGAGACAUCCCAUGCCACCUUGCUUCCUUAUAUCGAACGCAGGGCGCAGCCCCGUUGCGCAAUUUGCACGAAAGAUUUCAGCUCAAGCAAAACUUUGAAACGGCACAUAAAGAAGUUCCACGAGGAGUUCGACGCGGACGAGCUGGCGAGGUACGGAUGGCGGCUGCGUAGCACCAACGUGGAUUGCGAGGACUGUGUGAAGCAUCUAACUGACGAUUCCCACUUGAAUCUGUACCAGCAACUGAGGAACCUUCGCAACUCCACCAUAUUCGAGUGCAAGAGUUGCUUCACCUCGUAUAACGCUUUAGAAUACUCGAUUUUCCGGUACAAGCUGGUCAAUGUGGAAGCGAACAAGAGCAAAAUGAUCCUAAGCGAGCUCUGCACAGCGGAAAUGAGUGACGGGGAAUCCCCGAUGGAGCCGGAAAGCACCACGUCGGACGUCAAAUCCGAACCAAUCGAUAUCACAUAUGAGGUAAAGGCUGAACCAGUCUCCCCA